UCAACUCUUGAGACCUUUCUUGGCUUCCGUUUGUUUGUCAACAUCAACUCUUCCUCGUUAGUCUUUCCAUCCUCCUCCUCCCUUCCCUUUCCUUCCUUUCCCCGACGUUUCAGUUUCAAUCAGAAACCCUAAAACCUUCAUAUCCAUGGCAGAUUUUCAUCGCUUAUCUGUUCAUCAAUCUCUCGGCGGUGGCUUAGUUGCUGAUACACUAUUGUGGAAGAAAUGUUGUGGAGGGAUCGUAUUGCUAGCUUCGGCAACAGCUUUGUGGUUCCUCUUUGAGCGAGCUGGUUAUAAUCUCUUAUCUUUUGUUUCUAACGUGUUGCUUCUUCUCGUCUCAAUCCUCUUCCUCUGGGGAAAAUCUGCUUCCCUUCUCAAUAGGCCUCUGCCUCCCAUCCCUGAUCUGGAAAUUUCAGAUCAGUCUGUUGCAAAGGCUGCUGAUGAGGUGCGAGCUUGGGUCAAUUAUGCAUUGUCGAUUGCACAUGAUAUUGCUGUGGGUAGGAAUUUGAAAAAUUUCCUUCAGGUUGCUUUUGUGUUGUUGUUGGUAUCUUAUAUUGGUAGCCUCUUCAACUUUCUCACUCUCAUCUAUAUUGGGGUUCUUCUUAGUUUGUCUGUGCCUGUGCUUUAUACAAGUACCAAGACCACAUUAUAAAAGUUGUGCCAAACACAUAGAGUUAUUCAAACACAAUACAAGAAAAUUGAUGAUAACCUCCUAAAAAAGAUUCCAUUGCCCCAAAA